GGACACUCGUUGCAAGUUGUCAAAGUAAGUGCUUCAAAAUUUACUCGCCAACAACAUUCGACGCCUCAAGGGCGUUCAAGCUGGAGGAGGAUUUCGUCGGCGGCUGUAUGACAAUGUCGAUGUAUUCGACAACGGAUAAAAUGAAAAUGUCAGCGCCCAGUUGUUUUCCAGGACGCUACAGUCCAUCCUAUCGAAGUUCGGAGCAGAUGCGACGCUGUAUGCCAAAUCCAUCUAGUCGUUUAUUAGAAGAUGCUUCCCUAUUAUGCAAUUCGUGGUCAGCACGUCAGAAUGGUGAUAUUUUUGCGGGUAUCAACGAUGGCAUACUCAGCAGAGCGGAAGCUCUCGCCGCCGUCGACAUACAGAAGCACCAAGCCCAGCAUGUACAUAGCCAAAUGCCCUCCCAAAUCAAGCACGAUGUGAUGUACCAUCAUCAUUCAAUGAGUGGUCCCCCGCAACGUCCAUUACAGAUGCACCAUUCAAUGGAUCAACUGGAUAUGCUGGACCCGACGGGCUCGAUGACAACGUUAGCCCCCAUCUCGGAGUCGCCAUUAACGCCCACACACCAGCACCUGCACGGUUCCUAUCACAGUAUGAAUCACAUGAUGAGCCACCACCAUCCGGGCACGUUAAGUGGCCACACGGGGGGGCACCAUGGACACUCAGCGGUACAUCAUCCUGUCAUAACGGCGGCUGUGGCAGCCGCUGGCCUGCAUCCGGACACCGACACCGAUCCUCGGGAGCUGGAAGCUUUUGCGGAGCGUUUUAAGCAGCGUCGCAUUAAGCUGGGUGUCACACAAGCGGACGUGGGCAAGGCGUUGGCCAAUCUCAAGUUACCUGGCGUCGGGGCGCUGUCGCAGAGCACGAUCUGCAGAUUCGAGAGCCUGACGCUGUCCCACAACAACAUGAUCGCACUGAAGCCGAUCCUGCAGGCGUGGCUGGAGGAGGCCGAGGCGCAGGCGAAAAACAAGCGACGGGAUCCCGAUGCGCCCAGUGUUCUGCCGGCGGGCGAAAAGAAAAGAAAAAGGACUUCCAUUGCGGCACCUGAAAAGCGUUCCCUGGAAGCCUACUUCGCCGUCCAGCCGAGGCCGUCGGGUGAGAAAAUCGCUGCCAUUGCCGAAAAGCUGGAUUUGAAGAAAAACGUGGUGCGCGUCUGGUUCUGCAAUCAACGCCAAAAACAAAAACGUAUAGUUAGUAGUGUAACACCAUCAAUGACGGGACACGGCUCCGCCGGAUUCGGAUACUGAUAGUCGUUUAUGACGGCAGCAGCAGCAGCAGCAGCAACAGCAGCAGCAGCGACAGCAGCAGCAACAACAACAACAACAACUUCUUCUCUAAUGGGCGACUAUUAUCUGUAGUGUGAUUCGGAUAUGGAUACGGAUACCGUUAUGGAUUCGGAUACGGAUACGGAUACGGAUUCUGAUUGGGAUCUGGGAUCUUCGCAUACAAAUUGGAUGACGUUUUGGCCGGCAGCAGACAACAACAGUUAAUCAGCUACUACAACCAACAACCAACAAUC